AUGAGUCUUCUUAAGCUGGUGUUUUUGAGUGCAAAGAACCGGAGAGGGCCAAUGGUUCAUGUUGAUUAUCUAAUCCACAUUCAGGAGAUUAAACCUUGGCCCCCAUCUCAGUCACUGAGAUCACUUAGUUCCGUCCUGAUUCAGUGGGAAAAUGGUGAACAUAGAUCAGGGUCUACCAACACUGUUUCACCUACACUUGGUUCCAUUCUUGGUGAGGGAAAAAUUGAGUUUAAUGAGUCAUUUAAGUUACCUGUGAAUCUAGUGAGGGACAUGUCUGUUAAAGGCAGGGAUGGUGAUGUGUUCCAGCAGAAUUGCUUAGAAUUUAACUUGUAUGAGCCUGGAAGGGAUAAGAUCCAGUUGUUAUCUACUGCCAUUGUGGAUUUGGCGGAAUACAGUGUGAUCAAAGAGACAUCAGACAUUACUGUUCCAAUGAACAGCCAGAGGAGCUUUAGUAACACUGGUCUGCCAAUUUUGUAUAUUAAAAUUGAUCGACUUUAUAAGGGUCGGAACAGCUCUUCAUCAAAAGGCAGCCUGUCCAAAGAGCCAUCGCUGGACCAAAAAGGAAGUGAGUCUGUUUCUGCUCUGAUGGAUGAAGAAUAUGCUGAGGAAGUUGAGGUUGCUUCAUUCACUAAUGAUGAUGUUUCUUCACACUCAUCUCUGACUGUUUCUUCUUCAACUUUGGAAUCAAAUGGAAGUUCACUUCCUCGAAAUGAGGUAGCUUUUAGUUUUUUCCUUUAUGACCUUCAUAUGGGGUUAAUUACUUUUUCUUUCUCUUUUCUGUGUUGUGGCAUUAAAAAUUCCAUUUAUUUAGGAGUAAUGAACCUUUUUCGUUGCAUCUUUUUUCGGAUGGAAUCAAAAUCUCCCAUAUCCACCCUUAGAUGUAAUAUAGUAAUUGGUACUGAAUUGCAGAAUGGAUCAGUCACCGUAAUUGAUUGCAAGGGAGAAGUUAAAGGGGAACAUGCCUUGGCUUCAAAGUUGCACCUGGAAAGAACAAAUGUGGCAACACUGGUCAAACAACAUGACAACUCGAAGGGGAAUUCAUCUUACUCAUCAUCAACAGACUUAUCAUCUGACUUCGAGAGCUCAGUAGAUGCUCGUGCUUCCGCAUUUAACUCUUAUAGUUCCAAUUCCCCUGUACGAGAUAACGUUGUUAACCAUAAAGUUCAUAUGUCUUCAUCAUCCUUGGUUAAUGAAAAUGCACAGGUUGAAACCAACAAAAGCAUGAGAAGCAAUGAUCAUGAAGAUUUAUCUCAGAAGGUUCAUGAAAUGGUUGCCAAUAAAGGAACCGCGGUUAGGUGUGAUGGUCAAAGUAAAGAAGAGACAUCUGCUAGUUCUAAGGUCAAUUUGGCAUCCUCAGGUAACAGUCCUCAGGUUGAUAAGCAGGAAUCUAAAGAUUUUAGUGAUUCUCUAGUUGAUGGAGAAGAUGAUAGGAAAGCUCAAAGAAAUGGCAAAAUUUUCUCUAAGGAGGCUUCAGCCGCUGAUGAUGCAUAUGAUAAUUUUUUGGAAGGAAACUCAGGAUAUGAUUGGCAAGAAAAUGGACAUGAAGGACAAUACUUGGAAGAGAAAAGGUAUUCUACUGGAGAUGAACAAUUUUAUAUUCAUUCACAAGAAAAUUCUUUAAGACGGCGGAAUCUUGGAGCAAAGGCCAAUGCCGUAAAAAGUGACAGACUAAAGCGUGUCAAAUCUGUUCGAUCUUCAUCAGACUCAGUUAGGAGCAAUGGGUUGUUUAGCAAUAAUCAGCAUGCAGAAUUGAAGGAUGUUGGUGUUCAGGGGGACGCGCAGCAUGGGCCUGGAACCAUCAGAAGCAAAUCAAGCAGUGAAAGGAAAGAUGCUAAGGUAUACCCCAAGGAUAUUAGAAGUGCCAUUUUGGAGAACAAAAUGCAGCAGUUGGAAAACAAGAUAAGGAUUCUUGAGGGAGAGUUGAGAGAAGCUGCUGCUGUUGAGGCUGCUCUGUACUCAAUAGUUGCUGAGCAUGGAAGCUCCAUGAGUAAGGUUCAUUCUCCAGCUCGGCGCCUUUCUAGGUUGUAUCUUCAUGCUUGUAAGGAAGGCUUCCAAUCAAGGAGAGCGAGUGCAGCUAGAAGUGCCGUUUCUGGACUUGCAGUGGUUGCAAAAGCAUGUGGAAAUGAUGUUCCGAGGUUGACAUUUUGGUUGUCAAACUCUGUUGUGUUGCGAGCAAUUAUAAGUGAAAGCAUUGGGGAUUUGGAGUUACCACUCCCUGCUGGACCCAUAGAAAGAAAUGAAGCUGGAGAGGGAAAGAAACAGGUGUCAUCUCCCUUGAAAUGGAAAGAAUCCUCUCCUGGCAAAAAGGAAAAUAAACUUUUCACAUAUAGUGACUGGGACAAUCCACUUGCCUUUACUUCAGCUCUAGAAAGGGUUGAAGCAUGGAUCUUUUCCAGAAUCAUCGAGUCUCUUUGGUGGCAGACUCUCACUCCACAUAUGCAGUUAGCGGCUGGAAAGGAAAUUGAUAGUGGUAUGGGCUGUGGCUCAAGUAAAAGCUUUGAGAGGAUAUCUAGUUCAAGUGAUCAAGGCCAAGUGAAUUUUUCCUUAGACCAUUGGAAGAGGGCUUUCAAGGAUGCUUGUGAAAGACUUUGCCCAGUUCGAGCUGCGGGGCAUGAAUGUGGCUGCUUGCGUUUGGUGUCUAGACUGAUAAUGGAGCAAUGCAUGGCUAGAUUAGAUGUGGCUAUCUUCAAUGCCAUUCUUCGUGAUUCUGGCGAUGAGAUCCCUACUGAUCCUGUGUCUGACCCCGUUAGCAAUCCUCUCGUGCUUCCCAUUCCAGCUGGGAAAACAAGUUUUGGUGCUGGUGCACAGCUGAAAAAUGUGAUCGGUAACUGGUCUAGAUGUUUGACUGACGUCUUUGGUAUAGACGAUGAUGACUCAGUGGGAGAUGAGAAUGACCAGGAUGACAGUGACGAGCGACAAGACACAUCCUUAAAGUCUUUUCAUCUCCUUAAUGCAUUGAGUGAUCUCAUGAUGCUUCCCAAGGACAUGCUACUAUGUAGACCUAUCAGGGAAGAGGUAUGUCCGACAUUUGGUGCAGCAUUGAUCAAGAGAAUUCUUGACAACUUUAUCCCAGACGAGUUUUGCCCUGAUCCAGUUCCAGAUGUUGUGCUUGAAGCCCUGGAGGCAGAGGAUCCUGUUGAAGCCAGGGAAGGGUCUGUCAGAGACUUUCCAUGUGUUGCAUCUGCUCCUGUUUAUUCACCGCCUUCAGCAACAUCUGUUGUUAGCAUCAUUGGAGAAGUUGGAAGCCAAUCUCAGCUGCGAAGAAGUGGGUCCUCAGUACUCAGAAAAUCAUACACAAGCGAUGAUGAGCUUGAUGAAUUGAAUUCACCCUUGGCUUCAAUCUUCAUUGAUGGCUUCCGAUCAUCACCUGUUCAAUCAAAGCUUAAUUGGAUAUCAAAGGGAAAUGGCUAUCAUAAUGCUACCAGAUAUGAACUCCUAAGAGAUGUAUGGAUGAACUCUGAAUGA